AUGGUCAAUCUACUACUUCCGGAGUACAUGAAAGUUUAUUAUAGAACUGAUCUGCUUGAUCUUUUUGAAGAGAUGGAUAAAGAGAUAGUCAAUGAUGGAAUAUCCUAUCGCUCUCCCUUUGCAAAAGAAGCUAUGAAAAGACAAGCUGAAUCCUAUUUCAAAGAAGCUGGAUGGCUAAACAAAAAUUAUAAACCAAAAUAUGAAGAAUACAUGGAAGUGGCUUUAACUACAUCAGGUUAUGAAUUACUUUCAACUAUUUCAUUUAUUGGCAUGGGUGAUAUUGCAACAAAGGAAGUAUUUGAUUGGCUUUCUGAUUGUCCCAAAAUUCUCAAAGCCUCAAGCAUCAUUUGUAGAGCUCUUACAAGGUAUAUAUGUGCACUUUCACUCCUUAUUCAAAAAAGGCAGUGUAUAUAUAUUUUACUCUUUUUUCUUCUUUUAUAGUUUGAGAAAGAAAGAUAACAUAUUGUGUCUGCUGUUGAAUGUUACAUGGAUAAUUAUGGAUGUUCACAAGAAGAAACAUGUACUGAGUUUCUUAAGCAGGUAGAAGAUGCAUGGAAGACUAUAAAUGAAUCUUGUCUUCAUCCGAUUAUUGUUCCAAUGCCAUUUCUAAUGUGUGUAUUAAAUCUCACAAGAGUUAUGGCUCUACUUUAUUCUGAUGAAGGUGGAUAUACAAAUUCUAAGGGUAGGACUAAGCUUCUUAUUCAGCCUUUACUUAUCAAUCCAUAACCUUUGUAAUUAUUAAUUGAAGUCUAUGAAUGCAUUCAUAUGACACCCUGAA